AUGAGUCGCCUCGUCGUCGCGAUCGGCCACGUCGAGUUCACGGGCAGCAGCCACGUGCUCUACGUCGUCAACGUCCAACAAGACGUCGACGCGUGGCAAGUGCGCCGCACGUACUCGGACUUCCGCAAGCUGCGCGACGACGUCCAGCGCGUGAUGCGCGACGACGAGUCGCGGCGCGACAGCAGCGCGCGGACGUUUGCGCGCGCGCUGCAGGACGUGGCGUUCCCGUCCAAGCGCCUCUUUGGGAGCAAGAAGGACCACGUGGUGAAAGAGCGCGCGGUGGAGCUCCAUCGCUUCCUCAUGAAGCUGCUCGUGCUCACGCACACGUUCCGCAAGGCGCAGAAAGAGCGCGGGGAGCAGGUGGACGACAACGACCUCGCGGACCGAUUGCCGACGAGCGUGGCAGUGUUUCACUUGCUGCGGGACUUUCUCAAGCCCGUGACGAUGGCCGUGGACCCCUGUGCGCUAGUGCUGCCGUCGAACGGUAGUAGUAGUAGUAGCUGCAGGAGUAGUAGUGCCAAGACGACGACGCGGGACGACGGGCCGAUGAACUGGACAGCACGAGGGGCUUCGGGCACGAGCAGUGGGCACCGACAUGCUGCAAUAGACGGCCGCGAGCCGCUGUCGACGACGCGCGUGAUCCGCGAGAGUAAGAUCUUGGGUCUGAGGAGCUCGUUGAGCUCGAACAAGUCGAGCGGGCGACGGGGCGACGAGCGGUGCGAGGAACUUCUUCUGCCCACGGCGGGUGGUGACCACAGCGAUGGAGCUGGACAGGAAGCACGCGAGAGGUUGGAGGACACUGUGGCGCAGAGCGAGCGAGGAACGAGUUGCAGUGCAACGGGUGGGGCAAAAGCAGGAAGAGCACUGCCCGAGCGCUUGCGGGCUGACGUCGGCUCGCUCUUGCGCGGACGUGUACCGAAGACAGCGCCUAGUGCGUUGACGGGCGCGAGCAAGUCCGAACAGCUCUGCUCGACGUUCGAUGGCAGUCUGGACGAGUGGAAGAGCAGCAUUGCGCGCGCAGCUUCGUCCAUGCCCCACUCUGCCGGGUCGUCAGUGCACGACGAACCAGAGCCCGAGAAGGAGCGAGCGACGGCGUCUUCGUCCAGGCCCUUGUCGGCUUCGUGUGCCACGUUUGUCGAUGGCAGGAGGGGCAAGGACUUGUCAACGUCUUCGUCGUCGACGUCGUCGUCGUCGUCGUUCGUGUGCCAUACGAACAAGUGCUCGCGACGGGGCAACGACGUGUUCCAUUCGUUCCAGGAAGCUCGGAGCACGGACCGGAGCUUUGUGGUGCACAGCAGAGAGAAACUGCGCUCGUCGCGGCCCAAGCGGAAAGCGCUGUCCACCAAGUGCAUCCAGCUGACCGAUUCCGAGCGCAUGUCGCGCGUGAGCUCAGCGCUGAAUGCUCAGGCGAUUUCCAUCCACGCGCAGCGAGAGCUGGAAAAGUACUUGUCCGAGUACAGCGCCAUUAUGAUCUUGCGCUACUUGGACCGGUUUAUUAACAAGGCAGUGAUGAAAGCGCCGGGUUGCUACAGCGUCGACGCCGAGUACCGCCUGGUGAUUGACAGCCAGCGGUUCCUCGAAGAGCUCGAAGUGAAGUUCGCCGACUUGCCUUCGAACUUUGGCGAGAUGUUUCGCGUCCGUGUUGCAGUGGACAGCCAGAAGGAGUGGGGCUUUCCUCUUGCGCUGGACAAGUACGUGCAGCUCAAGUGGGACUCGUUCCAGGCCAUGAACAGCAGCAAUAGUAUCGCGAGUCUCGACAAUGGCCACAGCAGCGCGGCCGACCACACGUCGGACUCGGAGGACUCGGACACGGAGUACGAGUACGAAGAGGUGGGUGGUGGUGGUGGCGGCGGUGGCAGUGGCUACAUGAGAGCAAAGCACACGUUCUCCAACGACGAAGAAUCGAUGCUGCAAGAGAUGAUUGACAACGGCACGGCCGGCCGCGACCAGAUGCUUCGUCUACGACGGCAGACGAACGAGCAGGGCUGGAAUUGGCGCGGCAAGUCAGGCUCUCGAUCGCAGCGCGUGACGGAGCAGGGAUCGUCGUCGUCCGAGUCGGAAGAUGGAGGAGACACAAAGGCUCAGCAGCGAGAGAAGCGCCGGCUGAAGCGACGAGACCCGACGCGGAGUGGGCCGUGUGAAGUGGAAAAGUACCAGCAGGAGCAGAACGCCCGACGGAAGGACCGGCUAAGUCGAGUGCAGAGCAUCGGUGGCUUUGUAUAG